CGCAUCGCUACGUCCUGCGUCACAUGCGUAAACCGUUCGGCGCAAAUUUUCAAAUGGUGGUGAGCGUGAAGAGAAGCCGUCAUUAUAUCUGAUAUUUGAGAAGGUUUAUGUUUUGACUGCCCGUCCAGAACACCGCAGUGAUGAGUACCACAUCCACCCCGCAAUCGCGCCACCACCAGUGGGCCUCGCCAUCCUUGUCGCUGAAGGGCUCAGCUGCCGCCACCAGCACCCCCAUCCUGGCGGCCUUCCCCGGCAACGAUGACGAGAAGGAGCGGCGCCAAAGGCGGAGGUCCAGAGUCAUGGACCUCCAUACCGCGCCAGACGUCUCAGUUACUGACUCCUCCAUGCACAGUGCCACAGGGACCCCCGCGGCUGUACCCAAGCUGUCCAGCGCUCAGAUUUCAGAGCACUACUCUACCUGCAUCAAGCUGUCCACUGAGAAUAAAAUUACCACCAAGAAUGCCUUUGGUCUUCACCUGAUCGAUUACAUGGCUGACAUCCUUAAGCAGAAGGACUCAGAGCUGACCAACUUCAAGGUGGCUGCUGGAACCCUAGAUGCCAGCACCAAAAUCUAUGCGGUGAGGGUGGAUGCAGUCCAUGCGGACGCCUACAGAGUGCUGGGUGGUCUAGGCUCAGAAACCAAGCCUGGAGAAGAGAGGGACGCGGAGGAAGCAGAGGGGGAGGCUGACGACGGUGCUCGAGAGACGGCGGUGAAGCAGGUGGUGAAGAAGAAGAGGGCGCCGAAGAGAACCGUGGAGGUGAACCUGAGCAACAUCAACAGCUCCGAGUCUGAAAGGAAGUGUGAGGUGGAUCCCAUGUUCCAACGCAUGGCUGCCUCCUUCGACGAGAGCAGCACGGCUGGUGUCUUCCUGUCUGUCCUCUUCAGCGAGGACAGCCGCUGUGAGCUGCUGUUCCCCUCUCACCUGAAGCUGCUGCGCUCUGAGCCCCCCUACCCUGCCCCACCCCUGAUGCACGUCCCAGCACAGCCCUUUAAAGGCAGUCUUCAGCAGGCACAGGAACGGAGCUCCAUCUGCCCAUCGCUGAAGGACUUCUCCUUCACCAGGUGGAAUCCCGACCAGACGAUGAACCAGCUGCUGGAGAAGAUGAAGCAGGGAGAGCACGUGUUUGAUGUGAAUGCGGAGGUGGAGCCGGAGGAUGAGCGCUGCCAUGACUUUGGGGAUGACUUUGACGGGGACGACUGCGAUGGGGGCCAGGGUGAGGAGGAGCCCAGAGAGCACAAGGCGACCUGCGCCAUGACGCCACGGGGACGGGAUGUGAUUGAGAUCAGCAAGGGAGACAUCAGCACCAUGUGCCUUCAGUUGUCCUCCCAGCCCAGGGAGUACUCCUACUUCAGCCCCAGGACCAUGGCCACGUGGGCCGGACCGGGCUUCUGGCGCUUCAAACCUCGCCACAAGCAGGAUCACAACCCUGACAAGGACACCCAGAAACGUAAACCCAAAAAGAUCUUCGAGCUCAACUUCAGCGAUGACAUCAACUUCGACACCUACUUCCGCACCACGAGAGCAGCCACCACAAAUAACAAGUCCGCCCUACACAACAGCAAUAAGAAGACCACCCUGCCGGCAGACUUCCACUACCCCCCCAAUAAACUCUCCCAGCUCAGCCUCAAGCCCUCCAGCGCACUGUGUAAGCAGGGUCCGAAGAUGGUGUCUGGAGCGCUUGGCGAGGGCUUAGGGGACUACGACUACGACAACGCCAAUGACACGGCCAACUUCUGUCCGGUCCCUCAGGGUGGCUCGAGCGACGACGAGGCCGACUGCUUUGGAGGGCCGGAUGACGGCGAGGUCUCGUUUAACGCCGGCAUCGAAGGCUUUCCUGGAGCAUCUCAAGACGAUAACAUCUCCACCUACGGGGGAGACAACUUGGUCCCAGAGCCUCAGAGGGUGAAUAAAAUUGAGAUAAACUAUGCCAAGACAGCGAAGAAGAUGGACAUGAAGAAGCUGAAGACCACUAUGUGGAGCCUCCUGACCAACUGUCAGAAGGAUCCACAGAAGCUGGUCGAGCAGGAAUCGGAGAAUGUGAAGGAGGUGGUAUCUGGGGAGAAGGCUUUCAGCGAGACCACGAAGACCCUCCUUCAAAGGCUGCCCUCCACCAUGGCUCAGAACCUCUCAGUCCCACUGGCGUUUGUGGCCCUGUUGCACUUAGCCAAUGAGAAGAACCUGGAGCUCCUCAAAGUGGAUGACAUGUCAGAUAUCAUCAUCAAGCAAGGUUCCUGAGGCUCUGCCUUUUACAGGGUGUAACACACUGGUAUUGUGCUGUUAGAACAUCGUUUUUAUGCUCUGUCCUUAAAAUUUUUAUUUAAACUCUUGUGUUUUAAUUAGUUCCCCCGAUUUAAUUCCUUUACAGUCAUGCUCCUCUGGUUACUUCUGUAUGUCUUUUCUCUGGUUCAGUCCCUCUUGUUCUACAUGUUUUCUGCUCUUUCCCCAUCUCAUUACUUUGUACAUAUGAAAUAAAGCAUAUGUUUGGUUUUUUUUAAAA